AUGAAAUCGAUUUCAUAAUAGAUUUAAAAUAAUCCAGAAGCAAAGAAAUUCUUAAAUGAGUAUUGUAAUGGAAAUGUAGAAUAUGUAGCAUACUUUGAUCAAGCAAAUAUCUAAUCAAAGGGAGUCACUCUUUCUUUUGAUGAUUUUAAUCCUUCACACAAUAUGAGUUUGGAUAAUUAUCAAGAAAAAAAGAAUAGAGAGGGCCUCCUUAUCAUAGAUAUGAUUAUUAUUUUCCAAUAGGUUGUUAUGGAUUUGGGUUAAAUGUAGAAAAGUAAGUAAAAUAAUAUGGAAAUGAUUGGUUAAAAACGGAUGGUAAUCCUAAUGAAUGGAGAAUUAUCUGCUGUUAAUCAAAUUUUGAGAAAUAAUUUAAUUGCAGGUGGAGCAUAAGAUUACUAAAAUACUGAAUGUAUUGAUGAAUUUGGAAAUAAAGUUAAAGUAGGACGUGGAAUUUAUUUUUCAAAUAAUAUUAAGGUCUGUAUUGAUUAUCGAUAUACUAAUUACACUUAGAUUGGUAAUAAAUAAUUUGCAGCUAUUUUAAUGACAAGAGUAAGCCGAAAAAAAAUUAAAUAAAGUGAAGGUAUGAAAUUGUUAAAUUAUUUCGUUGUUAAUAAUUCAAAAGAUGUGAGACCAUAUAGACUCUUAUUGCAUGAAAAACUAAAAGAAGGAUAUUGUUUUUAAUUUUGA